UAUUCACACAGGAGCCUGUAUUGCAAGAGAUUCUAGAAAUAUCACCUGGACAUCAACAACUAAUAAACAAAUUAGUAAUUUUGUCGAUGUUGACAAAGACUAUAUUCUGACGGAGAAUACGGUUGUUGAAAAACCCUGCAGCCUUGUUGAUCCUAAACUGGAGGGAGAUUCUAAAUGGAACUGUAUUAACAACACUUACUUCCAUCCCUCUGAACCAGAUCGCUCCGGCUGUAGGAAUCCUGAGCUGGAGACGGAUUUAGAAACUGCUGCUGACAUCUUUAUUAAUCUUACAAGAGAACCUGUUGGAGGAGAACUUGUACAGGUUACAAAUAUGCUGGAAGAAAUAACCAAUGAUAUUCCAAACCUGUACUCACUUCUAGACAAAAUAUUCUCCUGUAAUCUACCUUGGUUAGAGAUUCCAACGCCAAGAGCUGAAAUAGUUGAAGACAUUAUUAAGAUGCUCAAAGCUUUAGCAUACUUAGAUAACUUGGCAUUGUCAUUUCUAGGAGAUAAUUUCAUCUUGGAAAUACAGAAUUUUACAGCUGUCCAGUCUUUCCAGUUUCCAUCUGCUGCAGACGAUAAUGAAACUAGGGUUUUAUUAGACUUUGGUUCAAGUGAUCUCGAUAAUGCAGUGUAUAUGGGAGUACUCUUUCGAGUAGGCAUUAAUCCAGCAUUCCGCAAUAGCGCUACUAAUGAAGGGGGAGUAACAUCUUUAGAAACCGACGCUAUUCACUUCUCUAAGGUGAGAGGAAGCGCUGCGCUAAAAUCUAUGGAUAUAUACCUAUCAAGUUCUGCCAAGGACUCUACUCUAUCCCUGGACUCCACCUCGUGCAGCGUAUUUACAGCUGGGGAGGUCAACUCGACCUGGAGCAAGGAUGCAUGCACACAGGAAAUACAGGAAAGUUUUCUCCAUUGUACUUGUACCUUCCAGCUAGAGUAUGAUUCAAAACUACUCUAUGGUGGAACUCUUGAUUACGAUUUAGUUCUAACAACAGAAACUACAUCAACAACAACAACAACAACUAGUACAACAUCUACAAUAACAACUACUAUUUCAUCAACUGAAACUGCUGAAACCUCAUCAUCAACAGCAUCUAAUAGCACCACAAUCUCUGUUGGCUCUACAACUACAAGUAAUGGAAGUUCUGACUGGACAGAUUUUACUUGUUCUGAUCAGGUCUCAAUACAAGUUCUCAGUAUCUUAUGUUUUGUUCUUAGUUCCUUACUAUCCUGCGCUACUAUUGGAUUCCAUUUUUACUUUGCAGAAAAAUUUCUUCCUCAGACCUACUUUCGUGUUAUAGCACUCAUGUUUAUCGAUGGUUUUAUCUCAAUCCUUCUUUACAUCACAUUCUAUUCUCUCAGAUUUCAAGAAUACAGGUCUUGUCAAUUUGACGAAGUUGUCAAUGUAUUUUGGGAACAUGAGACAGUGUAUAAAAUUGGAGGAUUUCUGCUGAUUCUAUUUUGGGUACAUAAACUAUCAGCUCUAAUAUCCCUGAGUUUAGUCAGUGUAUUGGAAGUGAAAGGAAGAGUUGGGUCAUUCUCAGCUACAGGAUGGUGGGUGCUGUAUCUACUGACUACCUGUAUUCCUCUUCUUAUCCUUCUCCUCCUCUCAACUCUCACAAAGGAUUCAACAAAAGCAUUUAUACCCUUACUGGCUCCAGAAUUCUUAUGGUGUUCUGAACCAGGAACCCUGGCAGAGAGUUCUAAUAUUCUGAUAGUCUGUAUUUUUACAACUUUCUUUAUUCUUGCUCUUGUUCUUAUCUUCGCCUCAUCUACACUCUCAUUAUUCUUCUUUCCCAGAAAAGAUGAAUUUUCCCCUGCAAAAUGUUGGCAAAAUAGAAUCCUACUUCUCCGACCCUUCUCAUCCAAGCCCUAUAUAAGGUACUUAAAUAUAAUAUUUUUCCACCAUCUCUGUUUGUGUAUCAUAAGCUUUGUUUGGGGCAAACCCAAAUCUAAAAAGAAGGAUAAAAAAAGAGAAGUGGGACGAACUGGAGUUCUCCAAGGAUUUCUAAAGUUUAAGCGCGGAGAAAGUAAACGACCUCCGGGUGUACGGGGAACUGUUCGGAGAGAUGAACCGGAUAUAGGAACUGUACAGGCUGUACAUAAUGAUGCAUUUACAACUAGAGUACGGGGAACUGUACGGAGAGAUGAACCAGAUACAGCAACUGUACAGGCUGUACAUAAUGAUGCAUUUACAUCUAGAGUACGGGGAACUGUACGGAAAGAUGAACCGGAUAUAGGAACUGUACAGUCUGAACAUAAUGUUGUAUUUACAACUAGAGUACGGGGAACUGUACGGAGAGAUGAACCGGAUAAAGGAACUGUACAAGCUGUACAUAAUGAUGCAUUUACCACCAAUAAUCUGGAAACUGAUGCAUCUGAAUUCGAUCAUCAAGUUCACAGAACCUCAUUGAGCAUGAAACCAAGAGAUGGUUUCAGGCUUUCAGUCAAGUUUCAAUCAUGAAAAUAUUUGAUAUUUCAAGUUCAGCAAGGAAACAAUUAUGGAUCAGUGGAG